AUUUGGAAUAAAAUGACUACAACAGAAAGAUCUGACAUAAACAAGAUGUUGGUAAAGCAUGCAAGGAGGCACACCAUAAACCCAUCAAAGCUACCCAAUAACAUCUAUAAAUUAGACAUGGAUUUGGGGUACUUAGACAUCCAAAAUGUUGGCCAAGCUAGAGAAGUUGCUAGGAGCAAGAUUGAAGUUAAAUCUUUCCUCAAAAACUGCUACAACAAGUACACCCAUGUAGAAUCCAAGCCUGAGAAAGAGAACUUCAUAAAUUCAGCAGCUAGAAGGAACACUACAGUGAUUACUCCGAACCAGAAGGAUAUGCUAAAACUAUCCCUCCAUGAAGAAGUAAUUGAAGAGCAGAAGAAUGACCAUGCCACUGAUGAUGUCAUCACAGCUAGGGAAGAAAACGAGCAAGUUACAGAUGAAGAACAGAAUUCAGGUGUCAUCAACUUGUCUAUAAACCAUCAGAAAGAUGAAGCUCUUAGACAAACAUCAGCUACUUAUGAUUCAAGAGAGAAUCAUUAUCGUAAAGAUGCCCUCACUAAAGAGGAAAGCGAGGAGGUAAAGAACAUGCAUGAGAGGAGGAGAUCUAAGUACAAUAUUAGAAGAGCGAAGCCCAGAGAGCAGCAGCCUGUCUCUAUCAGUUACAAUUAUGCAAGCAACUCUCUUGAGCAAAGUUCUACCAAAAAGAAGAACAAACUCAACAGUAUUAUUGCUAGACUCUCCAAGCAGACAGAGAGCUCAGGCAGGAAGGCCAAUAGAGACCAGAGUGGGGAUGAUUAUGGAUUAAAGAAAACGAAUACCCACAACAUUACGUUCUACAAACCAUACAAAGGUAGUACAGCAGACCGGAAACAAAGAACCAGAAAGGCACUGACAAAAUCAGUUAGAAAAGGAUCAGCAAAACCAGCUCCAAAAGUAGAGAAGAACCAUCUGCUUAAAAAUAUGAAUAUACUCAUUAAGAUGCAGAAGAGGGUUCAUGACGUCAAUGUCAAGAAAGGCAAAUUAUACACAUAUUUUAGAAAAAACCCAUCUGACGUGACAAAGCAAGCAGAAAUGGUGAUUAAUGAGCAAUCUGGGGUGAUAGAUGAGUACCAUAGCCAACUAAGAGGCUAUAUUGAAAAGAACGAGUCACUCACAAAGCAAAUUCAGUACUUCAAAAAGGAACGGAUGGCAUCAAAUUCCAAGCUAAAUAGCUCAACUGACAAAAUCGAUAGAAAUUUGAACUCAAGUGCUCUGAAGAUUCAAGAGAACUCAUUCGAUCAAGUUCUGCUAUCCGAUUACAAGACGCCUGGUAAAAUCUCUGAAGCAAGUUAUUAUUAGCAAAAUCGAGAACCAAUUAGAGAUGAGGAUUAA